CGUAGACACCGAGGAAGCUGGAUGAUGUGUGUAUUUUGUACACAACUGUAGUCAGCCGCUGUUUCUGUCGCUGUUUCAGAGUUUAAGUCACCGUUUGGGUAACCGGGCCGAGUCUCGUCGGUGGUGUUGGUGACCGCCCUUCGGCUCUCCUAGUCGGGGUGGAUAUGCAUGUUGGAGCGCAUCACUAGAGGAUGGAGGAUCUAACCCGGGAUCACCAUGGCUGCUGUGUCGGUGUGGCGUUGCACCAGCGGCCGUGUCCUCGGAGGAUGGGGCCCGCUGCUGUGUGUCCUCCUCGGCUCUCUGGUGGCCCUCCUGAUGCCCCUGGUGGGGGUGGAGAACCAGUGCUGCGCCGCCCUGAAGGGCAUCGCUCAGCUCCGUUGCCAGCUGUGGGGAAGCUCUCAGCAGCCUCCAGCUGUGCAGUCCACAAGCCUCACUGUCCCCUUUACUGCCCUUGAUCUGCUGCCCCAGAGGUCCAAGCCGAGCAAAGAGAUGGAGCUGGAGGCCAAAGCGGCGCUGCUGCAGGCUCUGGAGAUGAAGAAACUGGGGAAGAGGGAGAAGGCUCACAAGCUGCUGGUGCACGCACUCAGUAUGAAUCCAGACUUUGUGGACGCCCUCACGGAGCUGGGGACCAUUCUGGAGGAGGAGAAGGACGUCGUCCAGGCAGACCACCUCUACACCAAAGCCUUGACCAUCUCGCCGUGUAACGAGAGAGCUCUGGUGAGCCGAGACCGAACCCUUCCCUUGGUGGAGGAGAUCGACCAGCGUUAUUUUGGCAUCAUUGACAGCAAAGUGCGCCGGCUUAUGUCCAUUCCUAAGGGCAACUCUGCACUCCGCCGAGUGAUGGAGGAAACCUAUUACCACCACAUCUACCACACGGUGGCCAUUGAAGGCAGCACGCUCACUCUAUCUGAGAUCCGUCACAUCAUCGAGACGCGUUACGCCGUCCCGGGGAAGAGCCUGCAGGAGCAGAACGAGGCCAUCGGCGUGGAUGCGGCCAUGAAGUACAUCAACACCACGCUGCUGUCCAGAACGGGGACCAUCACGGUCAGCGACAUCCUGGAGAUUCACCGGCGGGUGCUCGGCUACGUGGACCCCGUGGAGGGCGGGAGGCUGCGCACCAGCCAGGUGUUUGUGGGCCACCACAUCCCACCCCACCCCCAGGACCUGCAGAGACACAUGCAGGAGCUGGUUCAGUGGCUGAACUCUGAGGAGGCCCUGCAGCUGCACCCUGUGGAGUACGCAGCCCUCGCCCACUACAAACUGGUGUACGUGCACCCAUUCGUAGACGGCAACGGACGCACCUCACGGCUGCUCAUGAACCUGGUGCUCAUGCAGGCGCGAUACCCCCCCAUCACUAUCCGCAAAGAACAAAGGUCCGAGUAUUACGCAGCUCUAGACACAGCCAAUGAGGGUGACGUACGGCCCUUCAUUCGCUUUAUAGCCAAAUGUACAGAGAUGACAUUGGACACAUUGUUGAUUUCCACCACGGAGCACGCUGUGGGGCUGCCGGCAGCCAGUCAGGACCAGGCCUGUCUGGACUGCAAGCAGACCAUCCCGAUCCACAACUGAGCUGGAGACGUGAGGAGAAAGGGAACAUGAGACGCUAGCAUGCAGAAAGAGACUGUGAUUAAUCUAAAAGCUCUUUAUUAACAAUCCUAUCAUGAAAUGUGUUGCCUUGUCCCCUUGGCCGUAUCCUACCGUAUCGCCUCCUUGAUCAGUUUGGGUUCUGUACCUGCUGAAUUCAGUGACAGUGCUGCAGGAUGUUGAAUUAAAAUCUGAUUUUGCUGUAUUUCGGGGGUUGCUUUCAUACAAUCUUUCACCGUCUUCCCACUUUUAGUUUGUUUCCAAUAGGGGGUCGUUGAUGCAUUUUAGUUCCCAUCAGAAUAAAAGUUUGACUACUGGUGACGUGAGGAGGUAAAAGCUUUCUUAUGUCGUUUUGACUUGAGAUGCUUCAGUAAUGUUUAGUGUUUGAGUAUUUAGUUUAUCUUUGAGAUAAAGAUGAUGUCUCUUAACACUGUAAAGCACUUUCAUCUAUUUGAUUAUUUAUUUUAAAUAAAGUGUUCUAUUAACUUUUA